AUGUAUUCUCUGAUUCUCCAUGGUAGAAGGUUAAUCGAGUUGCAGAAAGUUCCUCAUUUGAGAUUUGCAGCGCAAAACCAAAAUCCCUUUUUUGCUUUUCCCAAUUCCUUCUCCUCUGCUGCAGAUGUGAGCCCUCUUCAAGAUGGUCGAAAAGGUCACAACUUUACAGUCUCUUACCUCGUUGAUUCAUUGGGUUUAACCACAAAGCUCGCAGCAUCAAUCUCCAGGAAAGUUAGCUUCGAGAGCAAAGCAAAUCCGGAUUCUGUUCUGAGUCUUCUCAGAAGCCAUGGAUUCACAGAUUCUCAGAUCUCCGACAUCGUUACAGAUUAUCCGCUGCUGCUUACAUCAGAUGCUGAGAAAUCACUUGCUCCCAAGCUUCAGUUUUUGCAGUCGAGAGGAGCUUCAACCUCUGAGCUCACUGAGAUUCUUACAAAAGUUCCGAAAAUCUUGAGAAUCAAAAAGGACAAAGCUAUCAGCAGAUACUAUGAUUUCGCCAAAGAGAUUAUAGAAGCUGAUAAGAGCUCAAAGUUGGAAACUUUAUGUCAUUCUUCUUUGCCACAGGGUAGUAUGCAGGAUAAUAAAAUCAGAAAUGUGUUGGCUUUGAGAGCAUUAGGUGUUCCUCAGAAGCUGUUACUCCCUUUGCUCAUCUCGGAUCAUCGUAACAUCUGCUGUGGCAAAGAAAGAUUUGAAGAAUCCCUCAAGAAGGUCGUCGAGAUGGGUUUUGAUCCGACUUCCUCAAAGUUUGUCCAAGCUAUGUGUCUUGUUUACGGGUUUACCGAGGAAACAAUACAAGGGAAAGUCCAAGUCUACAAAAGCUUAGGCUUUCCUGUGGAGGAUGUGUGGGCGAUUUUCAAGAAGUGGCCUCAGUUUCUGAUAAACUCGGAGGUGAAGAUAUUGAACUCCAAGAAAACUUUUCUCGGACUAGGAUUCAGCGGAGAUGAGUUUGUUAUGAUGGUCAAGCGCUUUCCUCAGUGCAUUGGAUUAUCUGCAGAGUCGUUGAAGAAGAAGACUGAGUUUCUGGUGAAGGAGAUGAAUUGGCCACUAAAGGCUGUGGCUGCGAAGCCACAGUUUAUUGGAUACAGCAUGGAGAAGAGGAUUGUGCCAAGGUGUAACGUUAUCAAAGCUCUCAUGUCAAAGGGAAGUAAACUCCCUGUGAUGUCGUCUGUCUUGUUAUAUAGCGAUGAAUCAUUUUUAAACAGGUUCGUGAGGAAGCACGAUGACAAGGAGCUUGUGGCUGACUUGAUGGCUAUCUUUCACCGGAGAUCAUAA